AUGCAGGAAUUUGCCCUGCACUUCUUCCGGAAGCCCCAGGCCUUGCUGGACCCUACAGGUGGAAUUGACGAGGGGACGGCUGUAGCCAGCCUGGUGCAGUUCACCAAGGGACCCAUCCCAGAAUCACUCAUCUGUAUCAGUGACGAGAACACUAACAAGCAGGCUGUGGAAAGUUUCCAGGCUCUGAUGCAGUUCAUGGGGGACCAGCCUAAGCCCCGGGGCAAGGACAAGCUGGAGUUGCUUUACAAGCUGCUAAAGCUCUGCCAGGAGGAGAACCUCAGGGACGAGAUUUACUGCCAGGUCAUCAAGCAGGUCACAGGACACCCCCAGCCGGAAAACAGUGCCCAAGGUUGGAGCUUCCUCAGCCUCCUCACGGGCUUCUUCCCACCCUCUACCACCCUGAUGCCUUAUGUGACCAAGUUCCUGCAGGAUGCAGGCCCGAGCCAAGAACUGGCCCGGAGCAGCCAAGAGCACCUCCAGCGCACAGUCAAAUACGGGGGGCGCCAACGGUUGCCCCAGCCUGGGGAAAUGCAGGCCUUCUUGAAAGGCCAAGUGGUCCGCAUGCUUCUGGUUCACCUGCCGGGGGACGUGGACUACAGGACCAACAUCCAGAUGUUCACUGUGACUGCAGAUGUGCUGACGGAGUUGUGUGAACACAUGGGUGUCACGGACCCUCAGGAAGUGCAGGAGUUUGCUCUCUUCCUCAUCAAAGGAGACGGUGACCUGGUUCGACCCCUGCGGCCCCGCGAGUACCUCAACAACGUGAUGGUGAACCAGGACUUGAGCCUGCAUAGCUGGCGGCUGGGCUGGAAGACCCCACUGCAUUUCGACCAUCCCACCUACAUUGGCAUCCACUACUGCCAGGUGCUGCGGGACUACCUCCAGGGGAAGCUGCUAGUGGGCACUCAGCCAGACGCCAGGAUCGCCCACCUGGCGGCCCUACAGCACCUCAGCAGGACUGCCAAGGAGCCCCCCUCAGAGCAAGACCUGCUGCUUUAUGUGCCGAAGCAGCUGCAGGCCCAGGUGCACAUGCCCACUGUGAAGGGCCAGAUGGAGCAGGAGCUGAGGCAGCUGCAUCUGCACAGCCCCCUGGACGCACAGAUCAGCUUCCUUGAGGCCGUGACCCGGCUGCCCCUCUAUGGCUACACUGUGUACACCGUGCUGCGUGUGAGUGAGCUCACCCUGCCCAGGCCUUGCCUCCUGGGGCUCAACUGCCAGGACCUGAUCCUCAUGGACCCCAACUCCCAGAUUCCCUGCUGCUCCAUCGCCCUCAAUGACAUACAGCGGCUCCACUUGCUAAGCCCCCAGGAGGAGGAGGGGGCCCCGGGCCUGGAGCUCAACUAUGGCUCGGCCGACAGCCCCCGCACCAUCUGGUUUGAGCUGCCACAGGCCCAGGAACUGCAGCACACCAUCGCCUUUCUGCUGGACAGCAACAGCGGCACCCACUAA